AACACAUUAUAUUUAAUAUCUAACCAGUCAUCACUCUUCUCUUCAUUUCAUUCUCUCUCAAACCAAAAGAAACCAUGUCUUUCUGCAAAUGCUUCCAUUUUUUCAUCAUCAUUUUGCAAGUCUUUGCUGCAAUAGCCAUUUUCUCAUUAGCAGAUUCCUCCCUCACCCAAAACCAGCUCUUCACCAACUUCCUAGACACUGCCAAGAAGCCUGAGUUUUUUGAUUGGAUGGUCAAAAUCAGAAGGAAGAUACAUCAGUUUCCGGAAUUGCGGUACGAAGAAUUUGAGACCAGUAAAGUUAUAAGAACAGAAUUGGAUAAGUUGGGGAUCCCCUAUAAACACCCAGUUGCAGUCACUGGUGUUAUUGGCUUCAUAGGGACUGGAAAGUCACCUUUUGUUGCUAUAAGAGCUGAUAUGGAUGCUCUUCCCAUACAGGAAUUGGUGGAGUGGGAGCACAUGAGUCAAGUACCUGGAAAGAUGCAUGCAUGUGGUCAUGAUGCUCAUACUACCAUGCUUCUUGGUGCUGCAAAGAUUCUCAAACAGCAUGAACAAGAGAUAAAUGGAACUGUUGUUCUUGUUUUCCAACCAGGAGAGGAAGGAGGUGCAGGGGCUAAGAAAAUUUUAGAAUCUGGAGCCUUGAAAAAUGUUUCUGCUAUCUUUGGAUUGCAUGUGUUACCUACUCUUCCAGUAGGUGAAGUGGCCUCUAGGUCUGGUCCUAUGAUGGCAGGAAAUGGUCGCUUUGAAGCAAUAAUAAAUGGAAAGGGAGGUCAUGCAGCUAUUCCUCAUACUUCUAUUGACCCGGUUUUGGCAGCUUCCAAUGUAGUUAUUAGCUUACAAUACCUUGUUUCUCGGGAGGCUGAUCCUUUGGACUCCCAGGUUGUGACGGUUGCAAAGUUUCAAGGAGGUGGUGCACUCAAUGUUAUUCCAGAUUAUGUCAUAAUUGGUGGAACCUUCAGAUCUUUUUCCACAGAAAGCUUGGAGUACCUGAGACAGCGCGUUGAGCAGGUUAUCGUUGGACAAGCUGCUGUGCAGAGGUGCAAUGCAACUGUCAACUUCCUUGAUGAAGCGAGUCCUUCCUAUCCUCCAACUAUAAAUGAUGGUGGUUUGCACGAGCAGUUUCGUGAUGUUGCAGAGAAUUUGCUUGGCGCCAAUAAAGUCCACUUUGACAAGCCACCGGUCACGGCUUCUGAAGACUUUUCAUUCUAUCAAAAGGUGAUACCUGGCUACUUCUUUUUUCUUGGAAUGCAGAAGGCCUCAAAUGAUCACCGGGCUCACUUUGUGCACUCACCCUAUCUCGUGAUCAAUGAAGAAGGACUUCCUUAUGGGGCCGCACUUCACGCAUCACUAGCUGUUAAUUAUCUUGAAAAAUAUCUGCAAGAUGGACCCAUGGCGGAAGGGAAAUAUCGCGAUGAAUUAUAGAUGUUAUUAAUCAUUACAAACUUCCAGCCUAAGUUAGAAUUUCCACUUGUAUGAGUAUGAUAAUCUCUUGCUGUAAUCUUUCUUUUAUAAAAUAUUUUGAUAAUGUGAAUCACUUACUUAACUGGUUACUUCUCACUAACUAUAAUCUAUUUGUGCUGUUUAAUUUUC